GGAUCUACACAUAAUUUGUCUCGAGAUUUUAAAACUGUUAAAAUGGCUGCACACAAGGUCAACUUCAUCACUGGCAAUGCCAACAAGCUGCGCGAGGUCAAGGCCAUCCUCGAGCCCGAGAUUGAGGUCACCAGCAAGUCUAUCGAUCUUGAGGAGGUGCAGGGCACACUUGAGGAGGUUACAGAGUCUAAGUGCCGCAGGGCUGCUGAGCUGGUGAAGGGUCCUGUGUUGGUCGAGGAUACGGCGCUGUGCUACACGGCGCUGGGCGGUCUUCCAGGAGCGUACAUUAAGUGGUUCUUGACUACCAUCGGUCACCAGGGCUUGAACAAUCUCCUGGCUGCUUAUACCGACAAGUCUGCCGAGGCUGUGUGCACGUUUGGCUACUGUGCCGGGCCAGGCGAGAAGGUCAUUCUCUUCCAGGGCCGCUGCCCCGGCAAGAUUGUGCCUGCUCGAGGACCCAAUGACUUUGGAUGGGACCCUGUCUUUGAGUAUGAAGGCCAAACGUUCGCCGAAAUGGACAAGGUUGAAAAGAACAAGAUCUCCCACCGAAGCCGCGCGCUGGCCAAGCUGCAGGCCUGGUUCAAGGAGCAGCAGUAA